ACUCUACAGAAUAUCCAUCUGGGCGCUGAUACAUUGCAACGCAUUAUUCCCGCCUUUGUGAAAGAGAUUCAUUUGGAAGAUGUGACUAUGCAUUGUCAUUUCCCAACCGGAUCGCUAAUGGCAGAAGAGCCGCAGAUUGUGGAAAAAGUACAGGUGGAGAAAGUGAUUGUCAGCAAGGUUGAUGAUGCCUGGCCAUUUGAUUUGCGGGGACGGAAUAAUAACGGCGGAUCGUUCAUGUACACGAUCGUGUCCACAGAGCAGAUCAACUCGUUUGAGUUCUUUGGACAGUUUCUGCCAGGCAGUUUGUCAGCGGAGGAAGAAGCCGUGAUCCAGCGCAAGGUGCAGUCCACAGAUCCAAGUGGUCCAUCGCUGGUGUCGUACUUAUUCAUACAUGGUGGAUGGCCGAAACCAGCGGAUGGAGUUUACCCAAUAACGCCGGUCAACACACUGAACUUGACUCUGGAUCGGAUUCGAACGCUUCCGUCCUGGUUGCAGCAUCUCACCGUGCAACUCCUUAGUCGUUAUGCAGACUGAUGUCCAAG